AUGGCCCUCACACAAACGACGGCGAUCACGAACACCCACACGGCGGCGCUAACACACAGCGAGCCCCAGGAAGCCGUCAGAUUCCAGGCUCUGAAGACCAUCGCAAGCGUUCGAGGCGAAAGCCAAAAGAGGACUAUUCAACCAAAAAUAAUACCCCUAAAGUUCCAAAGAUUCCAGAGGUUCCAGAAGACGGCGCUGACAGAAAGCAAGUCUCAGGAAGCUGUCAGAUUCCAGGCUCUGAAGACCGUCGCAGGCGUUCGAGGCGAAAGCCAAAAGAGGACUAUUCAACCAAAAAUAUUACCCCUAAAGUUCCAAAGAUUCCAGAGGCUCCAGCAGACGGCGCUGACAGAGAGCGAGUCUCAGGAAGCCGUUGAGGUCAAAGUUCUAGAGACCGUCCCAAGAGUUCGAGAAGAGAACCGUCCACGCGAAGAUACUAUCCCCGAGGACAACCCUAACAGAAAACAAUAA